CUGAGCUACCAUGGACAGGAUUUUCUCCGGCUUCUUGCUCUCUGUGCUACUUCUCUUCCAGAACUACGGAGUUUAUGGGGCUCCACCUCAGCCAAGAGGCACCCUGUGUAGGACAAGACCCACAGACCUGGUGUUCAUCAUAGACAGCUCUCGAAGUGUGCGCCCCAAUGAAUUUGAGCAAGUCAAAGUCUUCAUGUCUCAAGUAAUUGAGGCCCUGGAUGUUGGUCUCAAUGCCACUCGGGUGGGUGUAAUCAAUUAUGCCAGUGCGGUCAAGAGCGAGUUCUCCCUCAAGACCUACCAGACCAAAGCCAGCCUGUUGCAAGCAGUCCGCAAGAUCGAGCCUCUCUCCACGGGAACCAUGACUGGCUUGGCUAUCCAGUAUGCUAUAAAUAGGGCAUUUAGUGACUCAGAAGGGGCCAGAGUGCGGUCUCCUGGUAUUAAUAAGGUGGCAAUUGUUGUGACUGAUGGGCGCCCCCAAGAUGGCGUAAAGGAUGUGUCGACUAGAGCAAAAGCUGCGGGCAUUGAAAUCUUUGCCAUCGGGGUGGGCCGAGUGGACAUGAAUACCCUUCGGCAAAUUGCUAGCGAGCCUCUGGAUGAACACGUGGAUUACGUGGAGAGCUACAGCGUCAUUGAGAAGCUGACCCAUAAGUUUCAAGAGGCCUUCUGUGUGGUGUCAGAUCUGUGUGCCACGGGAGAUCACGACUGUGAGCAGAUCUGUGUCAGCACACCAGGGUCCUACAAGUGUGCUUGUAAAGAAGGCUUCACCCUGAACAGUGAUGGAAAAACCUGCAGUGCAUGCAGUGGGGGUGGAGGAGCCGCCCUUGAUCUUGUUUUCCUGAUUGAUGGCUCGAAGAGUGUACGACCAGAAAACUUUGAGCUGGUGAAGAAGUUCAUCAACCAGAUUGUGGACUCAUUGGAAGUGUCAGAUACACUUGCCCAUGUUGGCCUGGUUCAAUACUCUAGUUCGGUCAGACAGGAGUUCCCUCUGGGGCGGUACAACAACAAGAAGGAUAUCAAGACAGCAGUGAAAAGGAUGGCCUACAUGGAGAAAGGAACCAUGACAGGCCAAGCUCUGAAAUACCUCGUUGACAAUUCCUUUGCUGUCUCUAAUGGAGCAAGGCCUGGUGUCCCCAAGGUGGGCAUUGUCUUCACUGAUGGACGGUCACAAGAUUACAUCACUGAUGCUUCCAAGAAAGCGAAGGAGCUAGGGUUUAGGAUGUUCGCUGUGGGAGUGGGCAAUGCUGUGGAAGACGAAUUAAGGGAAAUCGCUUCAGAGCCUGUGGCAGAACACUACUUCUACACUGCUGAUUUCAAAGCCAUCAACAAGAUCGGGAAGAAACUGCAGAAGAAAAUCUGUGUUGAGGAAGACCCGUGUGAAUGUAAAGCCAUUGUGAAGUUCCAGACAAAAGUAGAAGACCUCAUAAAGUCAUUGCAGCGGAAAUAUAUCCUUUGGAAGCUGACCAUGUCCAGAACAUACAGGGUUGGGUUGCAUUUUGUGGAGAUAGCAAAUUAG